UUUCUCACGCAGAAAAAAACUCGAAAGAAAUCCUGCAACUGUUCAAGAAAAAGAGAAAAACGCUCCAACCUUUCCCUUUCCUCCGCGAUCCCCAGUUCCGACGCCGUCCUCUUCCCCCAGCCGAGCCCCAGCAUCGCCGAGAUUGGUCUACGAUUCCCAGAUCGCCGUUCCCGCCGGCGAAGUUCUCCCCCGCAUCACGCCCUAGAUUUUCGAGGCGAAGGUUGACAUCUGGGAAGAACUUUUGUGACGUUCUCAACAAUGUAUCUGAUAAACACCUGACCCAGGAAUUAAGCAAGACAUACCUCUGUUUCCAUUUUGAUCAUUUGUUAUUUUCACCAGCGCACUGCUUACACAUCUCAGUCUCAGAUUUACUAGUACAAGGUGCCCAUGUCUGGCAAUCAGACACAAUCUAGCGACUAUGAGCGCCUAGCCAGUCAACCAGAUGCUCAAUGCCUAGUUUGCACGAGACCUUUUACUUUGGAUACUGAGGUGACCAAUAGCUUUGAAGCUUUAGCUAUAUGCAGGGAAUGCAAGGCUACUGUGCUUAAUGAUAGUCAAAGAGAUGUAACAACCAGCACUAGUCAGCAGAGACGACAAAGAAGGCGGAGAUCUAGGACUGCAAGUCUUGAAUCUAAUGAGGAUGCAUUCUCACAGCAGUUCUCCCAACUGAUCAACUUAGCCAGACAAGGCCAUGAAGCAGAAAUUGAUGAUCCGACCGUUGUGCGGCAGCUGGCGUCUUAUAAUUCUACACCAAACCAGUCCCAAAGGUGGCAUGCUUCAGACGAUGAGAGUGAUGGCCUCAGUUAUGCUGAUUCUGUGUUUGACGAGCUUGAAUCAAACAUCAGUUUUGGUGACUAUGGCGGGGAGUCAGAUGCUUCUCUAGGUCAACAUAGCAUGAUGGGAAGGGAGAUUACCAUUCAACUUGACAACGAGAGCUACAUGAAUACCGAUACGGAUAUUGAUCCCAUGAAUGCUGGAAUAGACCAGUGGGAUUCAGAUGACCAAGAGGAUGAAGAUGUGCAGUUGGAAGAGUCUGAUUUUGAUGAAGCAGUUGACGCCAUGCAGCAGCACCAGCAGCAAUCACGUGGCAUUGGCCCCAGUGAAUUGACUGGGUGGGAAUCUGAAGAUGGGGUAUGGACUUGGAGAAGUCAAAGAGCAAAUAUGACCAACUUGAUGGCAGGCAUGGAAGGGCCAGAUGUCAGGGCACCUUUUGUUGGGAAUCCUGGUGAUUAUGCUGAUGCAAGACAGUUUGAGAUGAUUCUUGAACAAUUUGCUGAGGACGACAGUUCCAGAAGAGGAGCUCCACCUGCAGCGACAUCCUUCAUUGGAAAUCUUCCCUCUCUGGUUAUCUCUACAAGCCAUGAGGCAGAUGGUGGUGUGAUCUGUCCAGUCUGCAAAGACCCGAUGCCUAUCAGAACUAGAGCAAAACAGCUACCAUGCAUGCAUCUAUAUCAUUCGUCGUGCAUCUUGCCGUGGCUUAGUUCCAGGAAUACAUGCCCAGUUUGCCGAUAUGAACUUCCUACAGAUGAUCCAGAAUCCGAGAGGUCUGAGCGAGCUGCAACAAAUGAAAGAGAUGUCCACGGGGUGGAGGAACACACCCAUCUGCAGGAAAUUGGUGAAGAAGGCUCUGAUGAACCUGAGGCUGAAGAAACUCAGGACAUGUUUAAUGAUGCAGUGGAAGUGACUAAUACAGGUGAACAUGGUGCUCAUGUUGCUGAGCAGUCAAACAGAGCACGUGCCCAUCGUCGAUGGCUGUUUAUUGCAGUUGCUCCAGCAGUAAGCUUUGUCGGUUUAGCUCUGGUUUUGUGCUUUGCAAAUCCUACUAGUAGUGGUAGAAGGCGACUGUGUCGUGGAUCCCAGAGUGCCUCUGCAGCACUUGUAGACACAAAAAGAAGUUGGUGGUCCAUGUUCUAGAUAUCCAGUACAUGUGUACUGAUCCCGAAUUUAGUGUGUGGUGGUACUCGAUUGUUGGCAGUGCUUUCUCUGUAAAAAGUUUAAGUUUUGGUCAAUGUGAUAAGUGAGGAGAUCCAUUGAGUUGUUCCUGUAACCGAGUUCAAAACUAUAUAUUUUCCACCACUUUGCUCAGUUCAGCAAAGUGUGUAUUGGUGCCUGCUGUUGUUAUUCAACUGCUACUUGUGAUUGGA